UGCUGCAGUGUGAAUUAUGUACAUGAUUGACUUGUGAAGUGCAGGUCUGGUUGUGGUUAUGAUAUAAAUUUGAUUCAAAUAAAUUGGGGGACAGCCGCUAUGGCUUAUAGACAUUCUGAAAUAUUGUUGCAUUAAAUUUACAAUUGCUAACAGUAUCACUGUGUAAAUAACUUUAGUAAAAUACUCAUGAUGGAGGAAAGCCGAUGUGUUCCUAGAACUUAUUUCCAUAGCUUUUAAACAUUUUAUGUAGAGAGGUUAGGUGCUUAUAUUUAACUUAAAAUGAAACUAAAGACUUCUAUUUUGUUGUUAAUGACACUAGUUUAUGAAAUUAAGGCUGGGACAAUGCUGGAAGGUUUCUACUGUGGCCCUGAAAAUUGUUAUGAAGUGUUGGGAGUAUCGAGAGAGACGUCUAAAAGUGACAUAGCGAAAGCUUAUCGAAAGCUUGCAAAGAAAUAUCAUCCAGAUUUGUAUAGAAAGGAAGAAGACAAAACAGAAGCAGAAGCCAAUUUUAAAAGAAUUGCGAAUGCGUAUGAGAUACUGAAGGAUGAGGAGACUCGCAAUGAUUACGAUUACAUGCUGGACCACCCUGAGGAGGUCUACAGCCAUUAUUACAGGUACUACAGGAAGAGAUUGGUCCCGACAGUGGACGUGAGGCUGGUCAUUGCUGGUACUAUCUCUGUCAUCUCAAUCAUCCAGUACUUCACAGCUUGGCAGAGGUACGAGACUGCAAUAUCUUUCCUUUUAACGGUUCCCAAGUAUAGGAACAGAGCUAUGCAAAUUGCAAAAGAUGAAGGACUACUCGAUAAUGCCAAAAAGACUAAAGGAAAGACUAAAGCUGAAAUUAAAGAAAAGACAGAAUCUAUUUUAAGACAAGUCAUGGAAAACAACAUUGAUAUCAGGGGAGGAAAUGCAAAACCAGAAAUAACAGAUUUGCUAGUUUUCCAACUAUUUUUCCUGCCCUACACAUUGUCUAGUUAUCUUUACUGGUAUGUGAGUUGGAUUAUAGCCCAUAAUAUACGAGGAUUACCCCUCAGCGAUGAUGAGAAGCUGUACUUAAUCAGGAAACACAUGAAGAAGGGUGUAACACAAUUUGAAGCACUUGAAGCUAGUUCCAAAGAGGAGUUCAUAAAACAAGAUUUGUGGAUUAAAGAAAAAUUUGAUGCAUGGGCAAAAGAAAAAGAAGAAGAACAGAAGAAACAGCUUGCAGAGAACGCCCGUUACAAAGCGUAUAGGAGACAUGUGAAAAAUCAUGGUACAGGACGGAUGACUUUUGACGACUCGUGAUUCAACAUCUCCUCAGUUGUCUGCAGUAUUUAUUCUUCUGUUCCAUUUUUUCUGGUUGUAUAAUAUGUUUUAUUCUUCAGGUUUAUUCCUGUCUAAGAAUAUUUUAACUCUCAGGGAACCAUAAAUGAUGUCAAGAGAAUGUAACAGUAGAAUAUAUACUGACACACAUCAUCUAUGGUCCGAUAAGGGUUGAUGUUGUGGACAGUUGCCUGUAAGAUACUGUUGUAAAAUUUCCUGGAGAGCACAGAUGAUGUUGGAUAAGCAAAGUAGCAGUGUUACUGUUACAAUUAACAUUAUCUAUGGUCUUGGAAAGGGUAAGGAAUUCACUUGUUUAAAAUAGACUGGUGUUUUUUUUUUUUUUUUUUUUUUUUCAAAACAAUUUUGCAUAGCAUGGAAUGUUGAAGCCCGAUUUUGAACUUAAGAGCCAGUUAUGUCCAAAGAAGAAAAUAUUGAUUUAUUAUCAUGAAAUCAUAAAACCGAAGGAUGUAACGGACUUUAUUUAUUUGCGUGAGUUUUUCCCAGACUAGAUUUGAAAUGACAACAGGAUUUGUAACAAUCAAACAAACCUCAGUAAAUGAAAUAUUUAAAAAAACACUAGAUCAAAGACAAAUAUCUUUUCCGGCUCAGUUGGAGGAAAGGUAGAUUUCACAAGAGCCUGUCAUCUCGAAAUGUCAAACUGAAGAUGUAUUAUUAGUUUAGAUGCACAACACUGAUGGGACAAUAACCCUCAAUGUUGGCAUGUUAAUUUAUUCGUAACACUUUUAAACAUUUAGAAAGUCCAUAAUCUUGAAACAUUACUAGACAAAAGUUGGUACAACCAUAUAAAUUUCUUUGUAAAAACAUGGACUUGAUUUAGUUACAAUCAAUUGGAAAAUUAUGUUUGCAAACAUAGUAACUUAUAACGGUUCAAUUGUAUACUUCUAUAUCUUUACACGGCCAUCAUUUUGAAACCUGAAAAGGUUUUGAAAGAUGAGUAAGAAUAAUUGUUGCUUGGAAUUACUUAACAAUUUUAUGAAAAGUGUCAAUUUUUAUUUAUGUUGUGAAAUACGUGAUAUAAUAGUUUUGCUCAAAUGCGAAUGGUCACUAACUUGAAAUGGUUAUUGGUUAAGACUGGCUAAUAAACUCAUCCAAAAUAUAUACAAAUAUUCUCUCUGUACAAAGUUUAGUUUUUACGAAGGUGAUCCAGAAAAUAAGGUCCUAUUCACAGUAACUAUUCAAGCGAACAGCGCAAUGCGCAUGCACGCCGACUCCCAGUAUGCCUCACGUAUGAAAUGACACCAUUUGCAAUUAAAUCAAUGUAGAGUGCUAUUUACUGUGUGAAUUU